AUGCCGGCUUCGCGAGCCUUCGACAUUCCGGGCCCUGCGCCCUCGGUUUCUCGUACGACCGACCUUUGCAGCUUUGUCUGCCCAAACAACACCAGCAGCCGUUACCUACUUGACUUCUUGAGCCUGCCAGUGCCCCCUUAUCUCAACGCACAGGCCAUAAAUGGCUCACUGCUCUUUUUGCAGCUCGAAAGCUAUAUAAUCGACCUCUGCAUCCUAGAAUUAGAGUUCAAAGUCCUAGAUAAAAUUAUUUAG